UUAUUGCUAAAAUAAAUCCUCAUGGAUGUGGAGUGCUCUCAGCUGCUGCCCCAAGUGUGCAAGAUUUUAACUGACAACAGACAGCUUGUGUCAGAUGACUCAUGCUUGGAGAAACUGCUUGAUUGGUUCAAGUGUGUGAUUAACACAGCCCCAGCAGAACAGGUUUUGGGGGAGAACCAGUGCAUUGUUAGACUUCUUCAACAAGUCGUAUGUGUGGGCGAUGCAGAACCACAUCUCAUCUCGUUCGCCAUGCGGUUGGUGGGAAUAUUUGCAGCCCAAAAAGGUGGUUUUCAGUAUCUGAUGAAUGAAGGAAUUGUCCAAGGCAUGCUUGAGUGUGUCUGCAGUGAUCAUGUAUGGAAAGAUGCAUCAGUGAGAAGUGGCUGGAUUCAGGGAUUACACAGCAUGGUUCAGAAUCGGCUGGCUAUAAACGUCUUCUCUAACUCAGGCGCUGUAGAUAUAAUGUUAAAUUUACAGACGGACUCCAGCCUGUUUGUUGCCUCUGCAGCCAAAGAGCUUGUCGCUUACAUUUUGUUCUCUUCUGUGAAGAUGGAAUUAGACAACCCUAAAGGGAACAGUAUAGAUAAAUGGCCAGACCUUGCACAAAGGAUCUUCGCUCACCUUGAAAAGUCACUGGGCUCUGGCAUUUCUUCAUCAGUUACUCAGUCUAUAAAGACACUGAUUGCUGUAUUCCGGAGCUGUACAGAUGAGGUGGCUGUUAUUAUAUGGAGUCACGUUGCCAUACUAAUAAAAGGGCUUUUGGAUGCCAAAUCUGUUAAUAGUAUGCACCACUUAGAAGAUCUUCUCCUUGCUGUAGCCAGGUUUCCUGUCUUCAGUAAGCUUGAUUCUGACCUGUGGCAUUUGAUAAAGAUGGCGCUGAAAAACCUAAAUCUUUUCCAGGCCAACUCCCUUGCUUUGGGGAUUAUGAAGAUAAAGCAUUGCCCACAUGAAAUCCUUUUGCAAGCUGCAAGUGUGUUGUUCUAUCCACUUGAUUGCAUUUUAAGAUCAUCUGCAACACAGCGCAAUACAUCAGGUUUGCUUGAUGAACUGGCGUGUGAUCAUGCAGCUGUUGAGAACCUAAUGGCCGUAAAAUCUUCCUGUGCCACUCUCUUGUGCCAGUGCUUAAGUCACGUCAAGGAGCUCUGUCUGAUGGAUAGUCUCCCAAUACACGUACCUGAUGGUUUUGUGUUGAGGUCUGUUCUGAUAAUCCUUCAGUUCUGCAUUGACCAGGCAGCACCUGCAUCCCAGGCAGGAUCUCGCUUCAGCAAGUUCUUAAUAGGUUCCCUUCGGGUUCAAAGGACAGCGCUGGAUACCAUUGGAGCUCUUUCAAAUUGGCCAAUCUGUUCAGAGUCACUAGUGGAAACGUACAAGAUUCUUUCUGCUUAUCUUGAUUAUCCAGAUACACAUCCUACGGUUUUGAAAAAGGCUCUUCAGGCCUCAGUGAAAUGGCUCCAGGUUUCCUCUUCUGCAGGUGAUACCUACUGGACAUACAGCCAAAAGUUUCUUCAAGAUUUAAUACCAGUUCUAAUGAAGCGCCUGUGCAGUCCGUCUUGGGAAAUUCGUGACUCCACCUUAGAGUUCCUCACGCACCUCACCAAUGUCUUUAAUGUGACGGAACAUGACAGAUUCAAGCAAGUUUUCACCUUUUCUGGAAUUCCUCGACUUGUUUUGGAUCUCCUCAAGGACCCUGAGAGUUAUGUACGAGCAAGUGCUGUGAGUUGCAUGGGACAGAUUAUCUGUGAUAUUCAGUAUAACUCAAGUUUGGCUGAUGAGGAGGAUGGAAUAACCUCUGAAACAACAAAAAUGCAGGAUAUUGUGCCAAUUCUCAUAAAUAUUCUAUCUCAAGACACAGAAGGUUUUCCAAGAAGAGCUGUGGUUUCAGUUUUCAGAGACUGGCUGAAGAAUGGUCACUUACAACAUAUGGAAGAUUCACAGCAGCUACUGACAGACAUACUAGAAAUAGCCAUUGGUGACUUGGAUUGGGAAGUCAAGAUGAAUGCACUGGAUCUCGCUAGUGUUUUUGUGUCUCAGACAUUUGCAGUGUGUGGUCAGCAAAGUUGCCCCUACACUGUUGAAUUAAUGAAUAAAGAAAGCUUGCAAACAAUGUCAGAAGUCAUACAGAAAUGUAAUCAGAUAGGGCUUUUGUAUUUUUUAUUGGAUACUCUUGGUGACUGUGAUAGGCCUGUGGCAUUGAAGUCAUGUGAUAUCCUCAUAUCCGUCAAAUCAAAAAUGUGUGAAGGGUUGUCUGCCUCUGAUUCCUUGACCUCAGAAUUACAUGGAGCAGAAUGGCUGGAAUGUGCACUAAGGGACUGGAAAAAAAGUUCUUCUAGUAAAGGAGAAGUGCAAGAGAUAAACAGGGUGCUUGAUAUCUUGAAGAAAGUGAAUCUGGAUAACAUAAAGUGUUGUCUAUCAAAGAGCAGUGAUCAUAUACACAAAACCCCACAGUCCCUUUUGCAAGAUAUUAUGGCUUCAGCUGAGACAGCAGAGGAGAAUGAAGCAGACUGUUAUUAGCACAAUAUUUUAUUGCAUUCAUAUAUUCAUAGCACAAAAAUACAUCUUUAUGGUCAGAUUCUCUUUUUUUUUUAGGGCUGGUUAUAUUCCUGGAAUGUACUUUUAUGUAUUAAAUGAGAAUAUGCAAUACA